GACUUUCGUCCGCCUUGGGCCGAAGCUGCUGCCGGCUUGGAAGCCGCCAUGAAGUUUCGCGCCAAGAUCGUGGACCUGGCUUGUCUGAAUCACUUCACACGUGAGCUGGCAGGGCUGCGGGGAGCGAGCGGAGAGUGCGGCUGCAGCCCUGAGUCAGUAACAUGAUAGCCAAGCUUGCCAAAACCUGCACCCUCCGCAUCAGCCCGGAGAAGCUGAACUUCAUCCUUUCGGACAAGCUGGCCAGUGGUGGGGUGAGCAUGUGGUGUGAGCUGGAGCAGGAGAACAUUUUUAGUGAAUUUCAAAUGGAAGGAGUCUCCGCAGAAAACAAUGAGAUUUAUUUAGAAUUAACGUCAGAAAACUUAUCCCGAGCCUUGAAGACUGCCCAGAACGCCAGAGCCUUGAAAAUCAAGCUGACUAACAAACACUUUCCCUGUCUUACCGUGUCUGUAGAGCUGCAGUUGUCGUCAUCGAGCAGCAGUAGAAUCGUGACACAUGAUAUCCCCAUAAAGGUUAUUCCUCGAAGAUUGUGGAAGGACUUACAAGAGCCGUCUGUCCCAGACUCUGAUGUCAGUAUUUAUUUACCAGCCUUGAAGACUAUGAAGAGUGUUGUGGAAAAAAUGAGAAACAUCAGCAAUCAACUUGUUAUUGAAGCGAACCUGAACGGAGAACUGAACCUAAAGAUAGAAACUGAGUUAGUAUGUGUGACAACUCAUUUUAAGGAUCUUGGAAACCCUGUAUUACCCUCUGAGAGCGUCUCUCAAAACAGACACCCAGAAGACAUGGCCCGGGUGCACAUCGACAUAAGGAAGCUCCUCCAGUUCCUUGCAGGACAGCAAGUGACUCCCACCAAGGCUGUGUGCAACAUUGUGAGUAACAGAAUUGUUCAUUUUGACUUGCUUCUGGAAGACAUCUCCCUUCAGUAUUUCAUCCCAGCCUUGUCCUAGCACAGUCUCACCAGACCUGGGAGCGCAGAGACGUUGGCCGUGAUGAGAGAAGCACUGGAUGAUGUGGUCAGUCAGCUGCCUGUCCUCACAGCACCACAGACUUGUACUGGUGGGCUCGUUUCUCCCCCUAUGUUGCUUAAAGGACAAGUGGAAUGAAUGAAGUACAACUGGAUAAUCAUUCCUUCAUAGUGCUCAAAUCCACCACCUGUGCCUCAUCCUGGGUUUAAGACAUUAAGAAGAAAAGGUGGAAUUGAUUUUUUAUAGGCUCUUUUGUUGUUUUUGUUUUCCUUGGGUGCUUGAGAUGAGACCAGGGCCUUAUGUGUGCUAAGCACAUGCUCUGCCCCUGAGUUGCUCCCAGCCCUGUCUAAAAUUUCCGUAGCAGUUUGUCACGGAAGUUACCGAAACCAUCAUCCCCAGAGAACUGGUGUUGCAGUCAGAAUGCGCAGGAGUACUCCCCAGCUAGUUGCUCGGUCAGUCCCCGGUAAGGCGUAGCUGUCUGCUUUCCGAUGUGAGUGUGCGCUUCCUUCCCACCCCACCCGUCUGGGAGCUCAGGGCAAACUGGACAGCCCCUCCGUCCCCAGCAGCAUGCCUGGUUUCUCACCACACUGUGAGUGUACAGCUGCAGCAUGUGGAGCCUUGCCCAACUUCCUGAAGAGUCAAGUUCAUUCCUUUCUCGAGCCUGGGGAACCUGCAGAGUCUCAGAGCCUGGAGACACUGGGAACCCGAGAGCCCGAAAGGCCCAACCAACCCAGGUCCCAUCUUGAACUGGUCCUUCUGUGUACUUUCUGCCUGAGCCCACUUUGGUUUUGGGUUAUAACUUAUUUUAUGUUUUUGUAGUGCUCAGGAUCAAACCUAGGACUGGGUACAUGCUAGGCAAGCACUCCUCUAUGCCAAACUAUAUCCCCAGUCAUUUAAAUUGUAAUUUUGCAUAAUUCUUCCACAGUAUCAGAUCUACCAUUCUAUAAAGCACAUUGUUUUGCAUAAAGCACUUGAAGCUUGGCCAUGAUGGGCAAAGCUGUGUUCUGUUCCUUAUUGGAGCUGGCUCACCUGAGGGUGUGCUUUCUCCAAAAACACCCUAGCAGGCUUCCUGUUUUGACUAGGUGUCGGGUGUCCCAUGAGGUGGCAUCAGAAACUGUUUUUUCACGUCAGAGUCAAAGCUUAAGUUGCUUAGGAUGAGAUGUUUUAAAAGGGGAGGGGGGGAUAAAACAAAUUAGAGCAUUUCUUUUUGGGCUUUUCCAUAUUAUUUAGGGAAAGUACUGUCCCUCAAGCGCUGCUGGGAUUCUUUUUUGCCAUUUCAGUUUUGAUUAGACAGGUUCUCAUGCAGUAAAGCUGGCCUUGAAUGAGUUGUAGCUAAUAUUGGCCUUGAACUCCUGAGCCUCCCCCACGGAAGUGUUGAGAUGACAGAUGUGAGCCGCCAUGCCUCUGGCUCUUCUGAUAUUUAAUAAGAUAUAUUCGGUUAAACUAACAUUUUAGAAUUAGGGAUUCUUUAAUUGUUAAAGCGUUUCUCUCUCCUUUGGCUUGUAAUGAAAGGCAGUCCAGAUGCCGUGAUAAAGCCUCAAAAUCAUGAUGCAAAUGAAAUUUCAGGACGUUCCCUAUGAAACUUGUUUCUCUGUCUGUGCCUCACUAGUCACUGACGUCACCGCCGUGCCACGUUCUGAUGGCGAUGACGUUACAGUAACGUAACACGAGGGAGAAGAAGCCUUCCUCGGCAAUCGAGAGGCUGUGGUCUUUCUGGUUCUUGUCACAACUUUCUGCGUAGUGUUCAUAGGUUGUAUCUCACAGCUGUAGUUAAGGGAGGGAGCUCGGAGUGGGGUUAUGGGAGCUCGGAGCUGCUUUGUGGAACCCCAUCCUGAGGUGAGACUGUCGAGAGCAGAGAAAUUUUGCCGUAGGAGCAUGGGGUCUGAGGCUUGGAGGUGCAUUUUUACUUACUUACUCUGGUGGCCUAAGACUUGGAGGCUUGAAGAGUACUUCCCUGAAUGUUGGAACCAGUAAGCUACCCCCUGACGUUGCCUGCCAGGCCUCAGAACCCACAUCCCUGGUCGCCAUGUCUUGAACUGAGAUUCAAGACUGUCCUGAGACAGGUCAGGGGUGAAGAAUUCUCAGUGCGGCCACUUGUGCCAGUGUCCGAGCAGCCGUGUUUCCCUGUGGCACUCCCGUGGUCCAGCAGGGACCUUCCUGCCCAUCAGGUCUCCAGACUGUGUUCUGCCCUGCAUCCUGCCCCAAAGAAACCUGCUCUUGGAAGCCUGAAAAGCCUUCAGCAUUAGUCUUGGGGCAAGAAUACUGGUUCUUUCACCAGAUGCAGUGGCCAAUGACUUUUUGGUAAAUGUCAGCCAAUGUCAUCCAUUGUUUUUAAGAAAUAUUUCUGUAUUUUUUUAUUUUAAAGAUUUCAUUGAGACAUCAAAGUGCACAAUCUAGAGGGUUUUUUUUUCAGACAUUUCAGUCAUGCAGUCAUUCCCCACCUUUCACUCUGCCUUCCCUCCUGAGCAACUGAUUAGUUGCUCUCUGUUGCUAUGCUUGCUUGUCUGGACAGCUCUGGAAACUCCUCCCCAGACACCCAGGCCUCUGGUAACCACCAUCCUUUACUACUGAUGUGAGGGCCUGAUAGGAGGUUCUUGACCCUUGUAGUUCUGUAUCAGUGUCUGCAUUCUUACCUCAGCCUUCACAGCAUGGCUUUCGCUCAUGGCCAUCCUUGUAUAGUGAGUCUGUCUGGAAAUUCUGUAUGCCUGCAUGCAUUGCAACCAUUGCAAAGCUUGAUGGCAUUACCAUUUCUCCAAGGGUGGGCUCCCAACAUUCACACUUUGAUUGCAGUGAGGCUCAUCCCGUUUUUUCAUUCCAAUGGCCCUGCUAGGCUAGCUCUGCUCUGCUCACACUGUCCCAUGAGAAGAGACCAGACCCAAGUAGGUCUGCUACAAAGUCUCAGAAUGUGAGGGAGCCAAAUGCCCAGCUCCCAACUGUUUGUUCCACUGUAGAAUCAAAGAGGAUUUCUCCAUGUGUGGUCCUGUGUGCUUGGUAGAGCAGCCUCAUAGUUACCCUGUCUGUCUCUCGUGCUUUUGCAUUUCUCUGGGGCCCAAUGGGUACCACAGCCUCACUCUGGAGUUAGGGGAAUUCAGGGUGGUCAUCUUGCUAUUGGAGAGUUACUAGUUGGAAUUAUGUGGGGACUUGGAGAAGUCAUAGAUUUCUACUCUGCCAUUUUGCUAAUGCCACACUCCAGUUCUGUGCUUUUGUGUGGAUUCUGAUGGAGAAUCUAAAAGGGAGAUUGAGCUUGUGGAUUUUUCUCUAAGAUCAGUCUUCAGCUAGGAGAUGAUAAAUUAGGAUCACUUGGACAUUGGUGGUAGCAGUUGGGGGGCGGAGUAUUAGUACCACUUCCUGGUAUUCAAUUUGCUAUUUACUGUCUGUGGGAAAUUUGGAAACUGCUCCCUUUGAUGUACUACUUAUGCUUGUAAGACUUCUUCUACAGGUUAUAGUCAAAGCUUAGUACUGUUUUUUUUUUUUUUUUUUCCGAGACAGGGUUUCUCUGUGUAGCUUUGCGUCUUUCCUGGAUCUCGCUCUGUAGACUAGGCUGGCCUCGAACUCACAAAAAUCCGCCUGCCUCUGCCUCAAGGAUUUCUUAAUGUGAAUGAAUAGGGAAUUGGUAGAUGAUCAGUGCUGUGAUACAGCAUCAUUUCCUAAUGCUACAGGACAAGUACUGUGUGGACCGUAACAAAACCAGUGGUAUGUUGGUGUUCAAUGUGACAAAGACGACCAGGAAGCAUGUGUCUAAACCCAGCUAGCUCUGGGUGGUUUUUAUUUCAAUCUUUGUACAUUUGUGUAUUUUCUAACAAUUUCAUAACCAACUUUGUAAUGAAAAUAUUUUGUAGAAUUAAAUAAAUAUGUAUUAUUUGA